CGUCCUGUGCUCGAGACGGCGGCGUUGGCGGACUGAUACGCGGCGGUGAAGAGGCAGGAGGAGGGGGGAGGGGCGGAGCGUGGCAGCUGGCAGUAGUUCCGUCAGAGCGGACAUCUUGUGGCUGUGUCGUGCGCGUGAGCCCCGUAGGGCCGGGGAGGCACCAGCUGCCGCGCGGGGAGGAGGCCGAGGCCGCAGCGUGAGGGAGGCCCCGGCCCCUCUGCGCCUGUGUCUGGCAGAGCCGGUGUGAGACGAAGAGACAAUCCUUCCCAGCCGUCGGGAUAAUCAAAGAGUUUUGGCCGGACCUUCGAGCACACACCGAGAUAGUGAGGAGCCAGACGAAAAGCACAGACUAUGGCGCUGAAACGGAUUAAUAAGGAACUUAGUGAUUUGGCCCGUGACCCUCCAGCACAAUGUUCUGCAGGUCCAGUUGGGGAUGAUAUGUUUCAUUGGCAAGCCACAAUUAUGGGACCUAAUGACAGCCCAUAUCAAGGCGGUGUAUUCUUUUUGACAAUUCAUUUUCCUACAGACUACCCCUUCAAACCACCUAAGGUUGCAUUUACAACAAGAAUUUAUCAUCCAAAUAUUAACAGUAAUGGCAGCAUUUGUCUCGAUAUUCUAAGAUCACAGUGGUCUCCUGCUUUAACUAUUUCUAAAGUUCUUUUAUCCAUUUGUUCACUGCUAUGUGAUCCAAACCCAGAUGACCCCCUAGUGCCAGAGAUUGCACGGAUCUAUAAAACAGACAGAGAUAAGUACAAUAGGUUAGCAAGAGAGUGGACAGAGAAAUACGCUAUGUUGUAGGGUACAACAGAAUAUCUCGGGAAUGGACUCAGAAGUAUGCCAUGUGAUGCUACCUUAAAGUCAGAAUAACCUGCAUUAUAGCUGGAAUAAACUUUAAAUUACUGUUCCUUUUUUGAUUUUCUUAUCCGGCUGCUCCCCUAUCAGACCUCAUCUUUUUUAAUUUUAUUUUUUGUUUACCUCCCUCCAUUCAUUCACAUGCUCAUCUGAGAAGACUUAAGUUCUUCCAGCUUUGGACAAUAACUGCUUUUAGAAACUGUAAAGUAGUUACAAGAGAACAGUUGCCCAAGAUUCAGAAUUUUUAAAAAAAAUGGAGCAUGUGUAUUAUGUGGCCAAUGUCUUCACUCUAACUUGGUUAUGAGACUAAAACCAUUCCUCACUGCUCUAACAUGCUGAAGAAUCAUCUGAGAGGGAGGGAGAUGGAUGCUGAGUUGUCACAUCAAAGGAAGCAGCAUUAUUCUAGCAGCAUCCAUUCUUGUCUAAGCCUUCCAGUGUUAGAGAUUUGAGGUUACAUGAUAUACUUUAUGCUCAUAACUGAUGUGGCUGGAGAAUUGGUAUUGAAUUUAUAGCAUCAGCAGAACAGAAAAUGUGAUGUAUUUUAUGCAUGUCAAUAAAGGAAUGACCUGUUCUUGUUCUACAGAGAAUGGAAAUUGGAAGUCAAACACCCUUUGUAUUCCAAAAUAGGGUCUCAAAACAUUUUGUAAUUUUCAUUUAAAUUGUUAGGAGGCUUGGAGCUAUUAGUUAAUCUAUCUUCCAAUACACUGUUUAAUAUAGCACUGAAUAAAUGAUGCAAGUUGUCAAUGGAUGAGUGAUCAACUAAUAGCUCUGCUAGUAAUUGAUUUAUUUUUCUUCAAUAAAGUUGCAUAAACCAAUGAGUUAGCUGCCUGGAUUAAUCAGUAUGGGAAACAAUCUUUUGUAAACGCAAAGCUGUUUUUUGUAUAUACUGUUGGGAUUUGCCUCAUUGUUUGACAUCAAAGAUGAUGUAAAGUUCAAGAGAAUGAAUAUUUUGCCAUGUUCAGUUAAAAGUGCGCAGUCUGUUACAGGUUGACACAUUGAUUGACCUGAUUUAUGCAGAAUUAAUAAGCUAUUCGGAUAGUGUAGCUUUAGUAUGCUGCACAUGAUACUGGCAGCCUGGGAGUUCAUAGAUGGACUUGGGACCCAGCAGAUUUGAAACAUGUAUAUGGAGUUUAAGAAAUUUAUUUUCCAGGUGCAACCCCCAUCUAACUAAGUUUUUUCUUCACCUUGUACGCUUGACAGCUGAAAAGACCAUAAGUAACAUGGGAGUAAUAAUGGGUCAAAAUUUACAAAAUAAAGUACUGUUUUGGUGUGGGAGUUGUCAUGAGGCUAUGUUGAAGUGACUUUAAUUAUGUGGGAUAUUGAGUUUUUUUAAUGGAUUGAAUAUCCAUUAAAAUGGAUUUGUUCAGCCAUUUACAUUAAUGAGCAUUUAAAUGCAACAGAUAUCAUUUCAGGUGACUUAACAUGAAUGAAUAAAAGUCAAUGCUAUUGGAUUA